CCACUCCGUCACCAUGUCGGAACGCAAGGUGUUGAACAAAUACUUCCCACCGGACUUUGAUCCGUCCAAGAUCAAGCGCCGCAAGGGCUUGAAGAAGCAAAAUGGAUCCCAGAUGACUGUCCGUCUGAUGUCGCCGUACUCGAUGCGCUGCUCAAAGUGCGGCGAGUACAUCUACAAGGGCAAGAAGUUCAACGCGCGCAAGGAGACCGCCGUUGGGGAGGAGUACCUGGGCAUCAAGGUGUUCCGCUUCUACAUUAAAUGCCCAGUAUGCUCCUCAGAGAUCACCUUUAAGACCGAUCCUAGGCAAGGCGACUUUGUGCCCGAGCAUGGCGCCACUCGUAACUUUGAGAACUGGAAGGAGACAGACCCAAACAACCAGGCCGGUCUGUUGCCAUCUGCUGAGGCCGAUGAAGAUUACGACAGCGAUGGUAACCCAACAGCAGAGAAAGUUGAGCGCGAUGCCAUGGCAGACCUGGAGCGUAGCCAGGAGCAAUCACGCCGCGAGAUGGAGAUCAUGGACGAGCUCGCCGACUUGCGGCAACGAAACGCGCGUCUCGAGACCAGCGCCCGCGCCGACGACCCCGAGUCGCUCCUUGCGGCGCUUCACGCCGAGCGGGAGAACGCCGAAGAAGCAGCGCGAAGGCAAGCCGAGGAGGAGGAGGACAACGCCAUGGUCGCCAAGUUCUUCACCAAGCUGCCGCCACCAGGCGCCAAGGUCGACGCGGUACCAGGAGCCGACGCGUCCGACGAGGAAGGGGAAGGCAGCGCGUCUCCCGCGCCCGCGCCCACCCCCGCACCGCUCAUCAUCAAGCGCACCGCCCCCGUCGUGAAGGGCGAGCCGACAGUCUCGUCCCUACUCGCUGCCAAGGGCAAGGUGCUCGACGGCGGCGUAGCACCACCCAAGCCCGCCGCAAAGCGGAAGCGCGGCGAUCUGCAGAAGAUGCUCGGAAUCAAGGGCAAGAAGCCCAAGGCGUAGUGUGGUAGUCACGUGUAUUCAUAGGUCCCAUCCCAUAGCAUGAACGUGUUGUUGGCAUGAUUUGAACUUCGUGGGGCGAUACGGCCAGC